UCAUGGCGGCGCGGCGGCGGGGCGGGAGCCGGUAGAGGCCCAGGCGCGGCGGCAUGGAGGCUCCGCCCGAGCGCCCCGCGGAGCAGGAGCAACCCUCGUCGCCCGCGCCGGGCCGGGAGCGCGCCCCGCGGCAGGCCGUGUACCACCUGAAGUGGGUGCGCUGGCGGGAAUCGAGCGCGCCGGUGGUCACGCAGAACGAGAACGGGCCGUGCCCGCUGCUAGCCGUCAUGAACGUGCUGCUGCUGGCCUGGAAGGUGAAGCUGCCGCCCAUGAUGGAGAUCAUCACCGCGGAGCAGCUGAUGGAGUACCUAGGAGACUAUAUCCUUGAUUCAAAACCAAAAGAAAUCUCUGAAAUCCAGCGUUUAAACUAUGAACAGAAUGUGAGUGAUGCAAUGGCAAUCCUGCAUAAGCUUCAGACGGGUCUUGAUGUGAAUGUGAAGUUCACUGGGGUACGAGUAUUUGAAUACACACCCGAAUGCAUAGUGUUUGAUCUCCUUGAUAUUCCGUUAUAUCACGGGUGGUUGGUAGAUCCUCAGAUUGGAGACCUUGUGAAAGCAGUCGGCAACUGCAGCUACAACCAGCUGGUGGAGAAGGUCAUCUGCUGCAAGCAGUCAGACAACAGUGAGCUGAGGGAGGAAGGUUCCGUAGCAGAGCGGUUCCUCAGCAGCACGGCCACUCAGCUGACGUACCACGGCCUGUGUGAGUUGACGGCCACCGUUCAAGAAGGAGAGCUGUGCGUGUUCUUCAGAAACAACCACUUCAGCACCAUGACCAAGCAUAAGGGCCAGCUUUACCUUCUGGUGACAGACCAAGGUUUCCUUACAGAAGAUAAAGUUGUUUGGGAAAGUUUACACAACGUGGAUGGGGAUGGGAACUUCUGUGAUUCUGAAUUCCACCUGCGACCUCCAUCUGAUCCAGAAACUGUAUACCAUGGGCAGCAAGAUCAGAUUGACCAGGACUACCUGAUGGCCUUAUCUUUGCAACAAGAACAGCAGAGCCAAGACAUCAAUUGGGAACAGCUCCCAGAAGGAAUCAGUGACCUUGAGCUGGCCAAGAAACUUCAGGAAGAAGAAGAUCGACGGGCCUCACAGUACUAUCAGGAGCAAGAACAGGCCGCCGCCGCUGCUGCCAUAACAACUCAAGUCCAGCAAGCCCAGGAUGCUGCCCCUUCCCCGGUGGGACGACAAGCUGGGGGCAGUGAACGGAAAAGAAAAGAGCCGCGGGAGAAGGAAAAAGAGCGGGAGAAGGAGAAGGGCAGCUGUGCAAUUUUAUAGCGAAGGGCAACGCCGGACCCGAGCACGUCUGCUCAAAGCAUGAGCGAGGAACCCUGCGGCCCAGAAGCGCCACCUGCCACCCGCGCCUGCGAGGCCUGCAGUUGGUGGCGUCCUAAAGACCCCUGCACACGCAGCCCUUCGGGGGCUUUGGGUGGGCGGCCUGCUGUGGGGAUGGAGCACCGCGGGGAGGGUUGUGCACUGCAGGUGGGAGGAAGAGUAACGCAGGAGUAUUGGUUGGCGUACCCCGCUGUGGUGAAGGAGCAGCUCCCUGCCUGCCUCGUGGGGCUUCCGCCGAAGGCCUGCCUGUAGACCACCAGGAGUUGAUUUUGGGUGGUGUGCAGGGCGCGCUGCAGACAGAGAUCUUGGCAUUUCACAGCCUCGCUGCACAUCAUUUCCCUGGACUCGUGGGCUUUGCCCCUAACAGGCUUCAGCUGAGUUUCCUUGGCUAACAUUACAAAGGGGAGGGUUUCAGGAACCCAUUGACUGUGCUGAAGCAAGAGAAGGCAAGAUCUCAUCAGGACUAGGCUCGCCACGGUCUGGUCGGUGGAGUCCUUGAGCUUGAGCUUGGUGGCGGCUUGCAGAUGCUUCAUGACCCAACUAGGUAAUGCCAUCAGUGCUGGUGAGGGUGGGGCUUGCUCCCUGUUUACAUCCAAUAGCUCGCCCUGCCAGUGUUGGUGGGGGUGUAGUUUCCUCCUUGGUAGUUCCUUGAUUAGGGUAUUGUUUUCCACCUGAUGGUUUGUCUGUUUGAUUGCUUGUCUCCAUGCUAGUUCCUUGACUGGGGUAUUGUUUUCUGCUUGAUAGUUUGGUGUUAAUCCCUGCUUAUCUGGAUGUAGGCUGCUGAAGAGGAUGUGUUUCAUCUUUUUUGUUUCCUCCUUAGCUUUUUUAAUUGUCUUUUCUGAAUGGUGUAUAGAUGUGGUUCAUCUCUGUCUAUUGAUGGCUGAUGUGUCUGUGUGCCAAGAACAUACAACAUAGCCAAAGAACUUACAAAAAUGCUUGGACACCUCACAGAGGGGAGCAAAUAUUCUAUCAAGUCCCCUCUACAGUGCCUCCAGAAAAUCAAAGACCUAAAAAUAGCAGAAGAUGAAAUUAUGGUUUCAUUUGAUGUCAUAGCACUCUUUAAGUCCAUAGAUCCAGAACUAGCGAAAGAAUCCACGACCGCAGCACCGCGCAACGCACUCGACUGGCCAAACACGCCAAGAUUGGAGCACCCGGCAUCACGGGCCUCCUCGGCCUCCACCUCACUACCUGGCUUCGGUUUGGUGGGCAAACAUGCCAACGAUCCGAGGAACGCCCACGGGAUCGCCACUCUCAGAACGCACAGCAGAUACUGUACUUCAGUGCCCAGAAACUCUGGCACUCCCACGCACACAACCAGAAGUGUGGAUCCGGCAUGUAGGCGACACCUUCAUCGUCACAAAGAAGGAACAACUAGAGACGACACAUGAAGCAGUCACCACCACCUUCAAAGGAAUAAAAUUCACAAGGGAGGAAGACAACAACACACUGACCUUCCUGGAGAUCACCAUCGGCAGAGGAAACAACGGCAAAUUAGAAACACAAAUCGAUUGAAAAACAACCCGCACUAACCGAGUGCUCCCUUGCCCAAGCAACAACCCCACCUCCCACAAGAGGAGCUGCAUAUGAGCAUUAUUCAGCUGAGCACUAACGCACUGCAGCAACCCAGAACAUCAGAAUAGGAAACAGACCACCCAUGCAGCAUCUUCCAGCAAAAUGGAUACCCACGCCACUUUAUCAAACAGUGCCUGACCCCUCAACCCACUACAGCACAACCAACACAAGCUAUGAAAAGGACAACACUGCCUUAUCUCAGAAACAUCUCAGAAACAAGCCAACAGCCUGUUACAACUACACGGGAUCACGGAUUGCACACAAACCAACCAGAGUUCUCCAAACUAUCUUAAGUGCACCAAAAGUCCCAGCAGCCCAAGAAGAAAAAACAGGAGUCAUCUACAACACGCAGUGCAAGGACUGUCGCAGCCACUGUGUAGGACGGAUGGGCAGAAGACCGGCAGAGCACAUCCAGGAACACCAACUGGCAGUCAGAAGCCACCAUGAAAACAACUCCAUCCCACAAACACACGGACAGACUCAGCCAUAGUGUCAACUGGGAAGCUGAGAGCAUCCUAAGCCAAGCCAAGUCCAGAAACGCGAGGGGAUUCCUGGAAGCUUGGCACUCGGACAAAUCAGCCAUCAGUAGACACGGAGUGAUAAACCAGAUUCACACACCAUUCAAGAGAGACAACAGAAAAGCUAAGAAGGAAGCCAAAAGAGCAGAACACAUCCCCUCCAGCGGCCAACAGCCAGAUAAGCAGGGACCAGCACCAGACAAAUGAUCAGGCAGAAAACAAUGUCCCAAUCAAGGAACUACCAAGGAAGAAACCAGACCCCCACCAAAACUGGCAGGGCGAGCCGCGGUAUAUAAGCAGAGAGCAGACCCCCCCUCCCUCGCACUGAUGAUGUCACCUAGUCAGGCAACGAAACGUCUGCCAGCCAACCGCCAAGCUCAGAGAGCACCGAGGGCUCCACAGUUCAACCCUGCGCUACGGAGAUUCUCUUCUAAUGGUCUCAUCUUUCCAAUUUUUAAUCAAUUGGUCAGACUCUGCAGGGGAGUUAGUAACUGGGGGUUGGGGGGGGAGAGCAGGGAAGCUGAUGUUCUACACCGUGGGAUUAAACUUGCUUGAGACCUGCUUUCUCCCCUACCUCCCAGGAAGCAUCUAGCGUGAGACACGUGAAGGUGUGCUUGGUCACACGUCUCAAGUGAACUGCAGGUUGGUCAUUUGUAUCGUGCUGAUGCAGAUUGUUUCAAGACAUGGAUCCUAACUGCAUACAUCAGUGAGUCCUCUGGACACCAGUGGCACUUACUUGUUCAUGUAGGAUGUGGAUGGGCCACUGUUUGGAGAAAACAUGUCUGUCUGCAGAGUUACCGGGGGGGGGGGUGUGUCAAACGUUGUAAGACCUAGUAUAAACCAACAUGCUACAUGCCAUAGGAUAUAUGGGCUUCUGAUUGGAGUACCUGUGACUUUUACUUUUGCAAGGAAGGGAGACAAUUCCCAAGUUUCCCUCUCUAGAAGGGCAGCAAGCCUCAUCCUUUCAGGUAACGUUAUCAGUUUGCAGAUGCUUUAGGCAGCUUUUGCUGUACCUAUAGAGAUUGGAUUUAAGACCAGACCUAGAUGUUUAUAUACAAAUUUUGGUCCCAAGCCAACAUUCACACGGAAUGUGACAAUCUCACUACAGGGAAGAGGAUUGAAAUGUCAUUGAAAACCUGUAGCUUAUUUUUUUUUUCCUGAAAUGAAGUUUUUUUGGAUGGAAUCUAGAUUGGCAAUGCAGUGAUCGGUUUCUAACUCCUCCUGCCUUACAGCUGUUUAAUUACCUUAAACUGGAGGAAAGGGGGGUGGGUGGGAGAAUAAAAAUUUAACUUUAGCAACAUUAUUUCCACAGAUGAUGUUUGUCUCUACAUCUGCUGUGUACAUGUUCUCUUUUAAGUCUGAAAUACUUGCCUUUGGCCAUUAAGCUGAACUAGACAUACUCUGGCCCGUUGCUAACUUACAUAACGGUUCUACGCAGAACUGAAUUUACCUUGUAUCGUGUUAGAGUGGUAUGUCAGCAUCUCUCUUAAACUGUACAUUUCCAAAGUAUCUUAUUUCAGAUGUGCAUAUUACCCUAACCUAUUUUAGACUGGAGUGCCAUCCUAUGUUGUUAACUUUAAGGUAUAUGCUACCACUGAAGUUAGAUUGAAGUUUAUUUUUAGAAAAACGGCCCUGUUUGUUUACAUGAAGUGUAAAUUUGUACUGUUUUCUGUUUCCACAUGCUACAUUUGACAGAUGCGAAAUACACAAACCUAGCAGAGGAAACACAGGACCACUGUUAGCAGUUUGCUUUAGUCACGCACCGUGAGUGACAUUCUGAGAGAGCAGAACAAGAAAGCUUGCCUCCGUCUCCGAUUCCUGACGUGCUCGUGCCAGUUUCAAGGAAAACAGCCUUGCCAAAAGAGCGUGAGGCGUUGUCUUCAGGGGGCUGGUCGUCCAGUGUCUCUGCUCUAGUGAUGCGUUGUGUCUAAUAGACAGUUCUCAGGUAGAGAAGUGACUUCCUCUCGGCAGAAGGGCAGUUCUCUCUCAUCAAUAAUCAGCGGCAGUUCAGUCGAGCCCCGUGUCUCGCCAGCACACCCCUCCUUCCUCGCCAGAGGUCGACAGCCUUCAUUAGGCAGGCCUGCUGGGUGGUGGCCGUGCAGGCACCGAUGGCAGGAAGGGGGUCCCUGCGUUCUCAAACUGCUUGCCCCGCCCCCCUUGUUGAGUUGGCUCUGCAGCUGGGGGGCACCGUAACCGAGGCCUUACUAGCGUACUCCACAUUGUCUACCUCUCCCCAAAGUUGCUGUCCCAGCAAGUUGCCUUUUUAUUUCUGCAGAAAGUGGAGUUUUUUUUUUUUUUUUUUGUUCUGCUUCCGAGUGACGCUGUCCUGCCUGCCUUAUGCCUAAGUUUUUAGCCUAGCCCAGCAAGCCCUGCCUCGGAGAGAAACUGCUGUUUCCUUGGAAGGGCUUUGGUAGCGAGCAAGGGAGAGAUGCCGUGCCAGGGUUCACUAGUGAGGGCUAUGGGAGAGAAUACCGGCUGCGGGUCUCUACUGUGGUGAUGCAUGUAGAAUGAAGUUCAUCAGUACAACCCUUGAACACUGCCAGGUAAUUUUGUAAUUUUGUAAGAUGUUGCUGGAAAAAACCCAAAUCGUGCCGACUGUGCUAGAAACCUCCUUCAGCACUUAGGGUGACUUGAUCGCUUGGCUCUUUCCCACAGCAGUCAUUUUGCCUCAAUUCUACCCGAUACCUGUAGAAAGCGGGUGCCACGGGAUGCCCGUGCUAAGGGAAAAGGAGAACGGAAAGGGAAACGGCCAUUUGGUCAACUCCACCUGGGAUUUGCUCCGUUCCACCAUUCGUUGCAGCGCAUGGGCCAAAAGCAGCUUUCGUUUGGCUUCAUGGCUGCACCCAGGGCCUCCUGCCGGUCGCGGGCCGGCCAUUACCUGCCACGGUGGGACAGAACACACAUCCAAGCUUCAGGCAGCAUUUUCUUCAGUCCUCCAUAGUUAUGGAUUGCUAAGUUAUGGCUCAGUCACAAGCUUAUUUUUAGCAAAUCAGGUAGUUUGCAUGGAUUUACACUGUGAUCAGGAAAUAGCUGCUUUCUGCUGAAUACUGUCAAUAUUCUUUGAUGUCUUGAGCUGACACCUGUUGCUAGUCUCACUGUUGUCUAAUUUUUAUAUAUAUUUAUAAUUUUUAACAGACUUGAGUGACUUCCUCCCGUAAUAAAAACUGAUUCAAGUUCUAA